UUUCUGGCUGUGGGGACAUUUCCUGUAGGAAGAGGGACCCAUUCUCACUGCUGAGGCGACUGGGUGCUGGGCUGAGGUGUGUGGUGAUGGGCCUUGGGGCAGGGGGCUGGGACUCCCAUGGACGGUGCACAACGGCGGGGUAACUCCUGCUCCCGCGCCUCAGACCUCUGCGCUCAGGACACCCAGGGCGGUGCUCCCCGGCUGCACCGCUCACCGAUCCAAGUGUGGGUGACCGGCAGGGCUGCCGGUGUCUGAGCUCCCAGGACCCAGCCCCCAGCGAGCGGCUGAGGAAGCCACGCAGCCAGCUGUGUAGAGUGGGAGCGUCUGUAUCACUUGAAAGUGCCUGUCUGCGGGUCCUUGCCUGUAUGUGCCUCUGUCCCCGCCUCCUGGCUGCCCCAGCUGAGGAGGGGAAGCUGAGCAGGCAAGGCAGCCUCUGCCCCAGCUAAGAUGUGGCUCUUCCACACUCUGCUCUACGUGACCAGCCUGGCUCCCUUGGUGGCCUUCAAUGUGGAUGUGGCCAGGACCUGGGUCACUGUCAAGGAAAGCGGGCCUUAUGUGCUCAGCUCCCUUCUGCACCAAGACCCCAGAACCAACAAGACCUGGAUCCUGGUCACCAGCCCGAGAACCAGCAGGGCAGCACGGCCCCUGCGUCAGUGUGACCUCAUCCAGGACGCGAUCCGUUGCCAACCAGUGGAGCAUGUCCCCAUCCCAAAGGGGAGGCACCGGGGAGUGACAGUUGUCAGGAGCCACCAUGGUGUCUUGAUCUGCAUUCAAGUGGUGACCCGGCAGCCAAAUAGCCUCAGCUCAGAACUCACGGGCACUUGCAGCCUGCUGGCCCCCGACCUCCAGCCCCGGGCCCAGGUCUCCUUCUUCAACGUUGAAAAUCUCCUGGAUCCUGAGGCACACGUGGAAGCUGGAGAAUGCUACAGGAACAAAAAAGGCAGCACAGAGAAUACCGCGAGGCGACGCCGGGCUCUCAAUGUGGAGGAGGAAGCAGAGGAAGAGGAGGAAGCUGGCACUGAGAUCGCCUUCAUCCUGGAUGGCUCAGGAAGCAUUGACGCCCCAGACUUCCAGAGAGCCAAAGACUUCAUCUAUAACAUGACAAACAACAUCUAUAAGAAGUGCUUCGAGUGUAGCUUUGCCCUGGUGCAGUAUGGAGAUGUGAUCCAGACUGAGUUUGACCUUCGGUACAGCCAGGAUACGACAGCUACCCUCACCAGAAUCCAGAACAUCACUCAAGUGAAGGGUGUCACCAAGACGGCCUCUGCCAUGCAGCACGUCCUAGACAACAUCUUUACGCCAAGCCACGGCUCCAGUAAAAAGGCAUCCAAGAUCAUGGUGGUGCUCACCGACGGGGAUAUAUUCCAAGACCCCCUCAACCUCCCAACUGUCAUCGACUCUCCAAAGAUGCAAGGUGUUGAGCGCUUUGCCAUUGGGGUGGGAAAGGCAUUUAACAACACCAAUACUGAGAAGGAACUGAAGCUGAUCGCCUCAGACCCCGAUGAGACCCAUGCCUUCAAGGUGACCAACUACGCAGCACUGGAUGGACUGCUGAGCCACCUGCAGCAAAGCAUUGUUCGCAUAGAAGGCACAGUGGGAGAGGCCCUCCACUACCAGCUGGCACAGAUUGGGUUCAGUGCCCAGAUCCUGGAUGAGGGGCAGGUGCUGCUCGGUGCCGUCGGGGCCUUUGAUUGGUCAGGGGGCGCGUUGCUCUACGACAUGCACAGCCACCGGGGCCACUUCCUGAACCAGACGGUGGUGGACGCCAAAGCUGAAAAGUACAGCUACCUGGGUUACUCGGUGGCCGUGCUGCAUAAGGCCUGUGGCCUCUCCUACGUGGCGGGGGCUCCACGGCACAAGCAGCGUGGGGCCGUGUUUGAGCUCCAGAAGGAGGGCAGAGAGACCCGCUUCAUGCCUGUGCUGGAGGGAGAGCAGUUGGGGUCCUAUUUUGGCUCUGAGCUGUGCCCUGUGGACAUCGACAUGGAUGGAACCACAGACUUCUUGCUCGUGGCUGCUCCGUUUUACCACGUUCACGGACAGGAAGGCAGAGUCUACAUGUACCGUCUGAAUGAGCAGGAUGGCUCCUUCUCCUUGGCACACAUGCUGAGUGGGCACCCUGGGUUCACUGAUGCCCGAUUUGGUUUUGCUAUGGCAACAGUGGGGGAUAUCAGUCAGGAUAAGCUCACAGAUGUGGUCAUCGGGGCCCCCCUGGAGGGCUCGGAGGCAGACGAUGGCUCCAGCUUCGGCAGUGUGUACAUUUACAACGGACGCUGGGAUGGCCUCUCUACCAGCCCCUCACAGCGGAUCAGUGCCUCAGCGGUGGCCUCAGGACUCCACUACUUCGGCACGUCCGUGCAUGGUGGCUUCGAUUUCAGUGGUGACGGCCUUGCUGACAUCACCGUGGCCACCCUGGGCCAGGCGGCUGUGCUCUGCUCACGGCCUGUGCUUCGCCCGAAGGUGUCCAUGACCUUCACGCCCAAGGCGUUACCCAUUGGCUUCAACGGCAGUGUGACUGUGCAUCUGUGUUUUGAAAUCAGCGCUGCGACCACAGCUGCCGAGUCAGGCCUGAGAGAGAUUUCUCUGAACUCCACGUUGGAUGUGGACGUGGUGAAGCAGAGGAAAAGACUGCAGUGUUGGAACAAGAGAACUUGUCAGAGCAUCCUUUGGAAGUGGAGCCGUGGGUUCCAUCUCUGUGAGUCCUUCCUGCUCAUUCCCACAGAGGGAGAGCUCUGUAAGGAGGACUGCUUCUCCAACAUCAGUGUCAAGGUGAGCUACCACCUCCAGACCCCCAGCGGCCAGAGGAACCAUCGCCACCCUGUCCUGGACCUCUACCAUGAGCCCUCUGCCAUCUUCCAGCUACCCUACGAGAAGGACUGCAAGAAUAAGCUGUUUUGUGUUGCGGAGUUACAGAUGGCCACCACCAUCUCUCAGAAGGAAUUGGUGGUGGGUGUUACAAAGGAGCUGACCAUGAACAUUAGGCUAAGUAACUCUGGGGAAGAUUCCUACAUGACAAGCAUGAUUUUGAAUUACCCCAGAAACCUGCACUUUAAGAGGAUACAAAAGCCUCCUUCUCCAAACAUUCAGUGUGAUGACCCUAAGCCAGCUGCUUCUGUCCUGGUCAUGAGCUGCAAGAUUGGUCACCCCAUACUCAAGAGGUCAUCCGCAAACUUUUCAAUAGUUUGGCAGCUAGAGGAGAGUGCCUUUCCAAACAGGACAGGCGACAUGACUGUGAUGCUCAUAAAUUCCAACGAAAGAAGGUCUUUGGUCAGAGAGACCCACAGCCUUCAAUUCAGACAUGCCUUCAUUGCAGUUCUUCCCAAACCAUCAGUGAUGUACAUGAACACAAGCCAGGGGCUUUCUGACCACAGAGAAUUCCUCUUCAAUAUACAUGGGGAAAAUCUCUUUGGAGCCGAAUUCCAGCUGCAAAUCUGUGUUCCAAUCAAAUUACAAGGUUUCCAGCUUAUAAGAGUGAAGAACCUGACAAAGACUCAGGCUUACACCGUGUGUGUCCAGAGUCGGGAGCGCGCUUGUGGGAGCGAACCCGAUCAGCUUGUGGAGGAAUGGCAUUCAGUGAGCUGUGUCAUCACUUCGGAUAAAGAAAAUGUAACCAUAGCUGCAGACCUCUCCUUGAAUCAACAUAAGCAGUUACUAAGAGAUGUAACUGCACUACAGAUCCUUGGUGAAAUAUCUUUCAACAAAUCUCUAUAUGAGGGGCUGAAUGCAGAGAACCACAGAACUAAGAUCACUGUCCUCAUCCUGAAAGAUAAGGAUUACCUUUCUUUGCCUCUGGUCAUUGGAAGCAGUGUUGGUGGCCUUCUGGUUUUGACUGUCAUCAUAAUCAUCUUGUUCAAGUGUGGCUUUUUUAAAAGAAAAUACCAACAACUGAACUUGGAAAGUGUAAAGAAUGUCCAGCUGAAAUCAGAAAAUCUGCUUACAGAAGAUUAGAACCAACUUCCUCACUCACUGGGAGAGAAUAUCAGUUCUAGAACUUCUAGAGACUGGUGUCGUACUGAUUACUUUUUCCUUUAAGAUGAUCUAGAGCAGAGUCUAAGAAAUUGUUUGUAGAAUAUUGCUUUUUAAUAAUACACUGUCCCAAAAGUGUCUGUGCAUUGUCAAAAAAUAAACUUGGGAAA